ACCCCCAUAAGUUUCCAAAUCUGAAGCGAACAGCUACUCUAUCACUGCAAAUCGAAGAAAAAAUUUCCCAUAGGGAAUCGUUCUUUCAUCAAUGGCUCUGAACUAUGAUUCUUGUCCAGUAGUAAAGAACAUACUUCUUUUGGAUUCGGAAGGAAAGCGUGUAGCUGUUAAAUAUUACUCCGAUGAUUGGCCUACAAACAGCGCCAAGAUUGCCUUUGAAAAGUCCAUUUUUACCAAGACUCAAAAGACAAAUGCUCGCACCGAAGCUGAAAUAACAAUGUUAGAGAACAACAUUAUUGUUUAUAAGUUUGUGCAAGACCUCCACUUCUUUGUGACUGGAGGCGAUGAUGAAAAUGAACUAGUUCUAGCCACUGUUCUUCAGGGUUUCUUUGAUGCUGUUACCCUUCUCCUCAGGAAUAACGUUGAACAGAGGGAGGCACUUGAGAACUUAGAUCUCAUUCUUUUAUGCCUUGAUGAGAUUGUGGAUGGAGGGAUGGUUCUUGAAACUGAUGGUAAUAUUAUUGCUGGAAAAGUUUCCAGUCAUACUAUGGAUGAUGGAGCACCCUUGUCUGAACAGACGAUAACUCAAGCGUUGGCAACAGCACGCGAGCAUUUGACAAGAUCACUUCUCAGAUGAAUAAUAUCUAAGUCUGCCAGAGCGAUUAUUUUUGGCAUUAUUCUUUAUGAUUAUAUUUUUAGUCAUUUUUCUUUGGGAUGGUGAUGUUGCUCAUCUCUAGAGUCGUUCAAUUUUAUACCAUUUCAAAUGUUCUGCUGCUUAUUUUAUUUUUUUUGGUUUAUCUAUCUUGUAAGUGGAGCCCAGCUAUUAUGCAUUUUGGAUUAACAUACUAAUUUGUGUUUCUAUAAUCCCUUUCCUUUUU